AUGGACUUCAGUCUGUUUGAAAACCAGUUAUAUCCCACACCAGAGGAAACUGCUGUCAAUAAUGUGUCUGUGCUAUAUAAGAGGAAGAAAUUCUUCUUGACUAGUCUUAGGCACGAUGUUAAAAUCAUUGGGUUUCUCCUUUUAACUAUAGUAUAUCUACGAGAUAUUUCCAUGCUCAGAUUCAUCAUACGAGGUUUCCUCCAAUAUACCUUAUCAAAUCCUUUCCCUGCUACCCAUUUAUAUACUGAAGAAUCAAAGAAGUCACUAAUAAAGAUGUUGUUGUUGUCUGUAUUCUUCAUUAACGGAUUUUGUGUUAUAAUACAUCUAAUAUUUGGGAGUUUUUCAUCGAAUCCUAUAGGAGGCCAUUAUCUUUACGGAGGAAUGACGGUGGAGUUCAUCGGUGAACGUACACCUAUAAAUCGAUUAGAAUUAGUCAUCUAUGACUUAGUGAUAAUGUUCUGUCAAUUGGUUCUUCAUACAAUCCAGUGUUUUGUUGAUGAUUCGGAAAUUUUACUGGUUAAAAGAUCCGACACCGAUUCCUUGACCGAUCCCACAGACGAUUCCAAUGUCUUGAUGAAGAAACUUUCUGACGAUAAUGAUGGCUACAAUGGCAAAGUGAUGUUAAUAUCUAUUCAUUUACUUGAUAGCAUUAAAACUGUAAUGAGUUAUGAGACUUCCUUACAGUUUGAUGCUUAUAACCCCGAUUUGACCACAGAAUCCUUACCGGGAACUUUUAAUGCAUGA